AUGAAAUCUAGUAUCGCGCAAAUAGCAUCUAUUUAUGGGCCAGUUGUCAAAAAACAACGACAAAAGCCUACAUACCAAAUAAAUAAGUCCAUCCCGAAAAACGAUAACUCGGUCUCAAACAUAAGUUUGAUACAGAAGAAGCCCAUAGUAAUUAAAAAAGAAAAUUCUCUAAGAACUCUCUCAGUUAUAAAAAGAAGAGAUUCUCAUUUCAACCUAAGAAGAGAUUCCAGAUCAGUUGAACCGCUACCACUCAUAAAAUCAGUGACCCCACUUCCAAGCAAGCAGCAGAAGCUUUUUUCUGUUGACAGCUCCUUAGAUGAAGAAUUCAAAAGGCUUGAUGGGCUUAUACUAAAAAACCAUUCAGCCAGAAAUGAUUUAUUACUGAUUCAAAAACGAAUUUUAAGUCUAGGGGUCAACAAAUUAAUAAAGGAUCGAAAAUUUUGCGAUGGUAAUGAAAAUAUCAGUUUCGAAAGAAUUGAUGAGUCUUUAAGAGAUCCAUGUGUUUUAAAAGUACCAAAUUUGGAGCACAGAAGCUCAGAAGUGAAGCUUAAAUUGCCUAGUCUUUGCUCGCUAUAA